CUCUUUUUCUCUCUAAACUCUCUCUAUUCUCUUUUCCAAAACGUGUUCUUCAUCUCUCUUUUCUAAAUCUCUCUUAAUCUCACCUUAAACCGCUGCUAUUCUUUAAAUUCUCUCAUGGUAUCAGAGCCAGGUUGCGAAAUCUGGUGAUUAAACACGCUUAUUAUCAUCUCUUAUCCUCUUAUUCUCAUCUAUCCCAUCUCCUUCAAGCUUCGUGUUCAUACUCAAACCCAGAUUCAUCCGUACAAACUCUCAUUUUUCUUUGAAAAACUCGAUCUUUCUUCUUUCUUUUCUCAUCUCUGCAAGCGUUAAUGGAAGGAAACAAGGUUCCUGCUUUACCUGUGGUCCUAAAAGGGGCUGAUAACUAUCUGCUUUGGGCAAGAACUGCCAAAGCUGUGUUGUGUGGAAGAAACCUUUGGUAUCAUGUUGAAGAUCCAAAGGAUGUUAAAGGCAAGACCAAAGAUGGAGGAAAGGAGAUGCCUUUGAAAGAUUCUGUGGAAUGGUUCCAAGAGGAUCAAACGGUGCUUGCUAUCCUUCAUGGAGCUCUAGAUCUCUCGGUGCUGGAGUCCUACUCCUAUUGUGAGAGUGCAAAGGAGCUUUGGGAAACCUUGAAGAAUGUGUUUGGGAACACAUGUAAUCUCACAAGGGUAUUUGAGGUCAAAAAGGCGAUUAACUGCCUUCACCAAGGAGAUCUGGACUUCAAUACCUUCUUUGGGAAGUUUAGGUCUCUAUGGGCAGAGCUGGAGAUGCUCAGGCCUGCUACUGUUGAUGCUGAGGUUCUAAAUGAAAGGAGAGAGCAGGACAAGGUCUUUGCUCUUCUAAUGGUGUUGAAUCCAGCCUUUAACGAUCUCAUCAAGCAUCUUCUCAGAGCCACAAAGCUGCCGAGUCUUGAAGAAGUCUGCUCUCAGAUUCAGAAGGAACAAGGGUCUUUGGGUCUCUUUGGCAACAAAGGAAGCGACUUGGUGAUGGCCAACAAAGGUGAAGCUGUAGUAGCCAACAAAGGAGCCUAUGGAGGAGAAGACCGUGAGGUUUGGGUGUGUGAGCAUUGCAAAAAGAAGGGUCACCUGAAGAGCAAGUGCUGGAUCUUGUACCCACAUCUCAAGCAAAGCCGCGGCAAAGAUCAGAAGAAGCCGAGGGCAAAUGAGGCUCAUGAAGAGGCUGGACCUUCAGACUGUGAGAAAACAGGCAGUGCCAUGAGAGCCUCAGCUGAGUAUGUGAAGAAGUCAGACCUGGACGCUCUCAUCAAGGCUCUUAAGGAGUCUGGAUAUUAAGUCAAGUAAGCUUCUUGGACAAGGAACCACUAAAGAUGGACUUUAUGUUCUUGAAGAUACUAAGCCAUCUUCUCUAUCUAAUGCUUUCGUUUUUAGUUCUGUUGUUGAAAAUAAUGCAUUGUGGCAUGCUAGAUUGGGUCAUCCCCAUCAUAGAUCUUUGAAUUUGAUGUUACCUGAUGUUAAGUUUGAUAAUAAUGCUUGUGAAGCUUGUA